GUGGGUGUGGGUGGGGGUAAGUAGAGCGGGCACGCGGGAGCGCGGGGCAGAGGGACGCCAGCUACCCUGGACAGCGCAGAUACUCGCCGGGGUCGCUGUGCCGCAGCCGCCGCCGCGAUCAUGGAGCAUCUAAAGGCUUUUGAUGAUGAAAUCAAUGUUUUUUUGGACAAUAUGUUUGGACCUCGAGAUUCUCGAGUCAGAGGAUGGUUCAUGUUGGACUCUUACCUUCCCACCUUUUUUCUUACUGUCAUAUAUCUGCUUUCAAUAUGGCUGGGUAACAAAUAUAUGAAGAACAGACCUGCUCUUUCCCUCAGGGGUAUCCUCACCUUGUACAAUCUCGGAAUCACACUUCUCUCUAUGUAUAUGCUGACAGAGCUUAUUCUCUCCAGUUGGGAAGGAGGUUACAACUUACAAUGUCAGGAUCUUGCCAGUGCAGGGGAAGCCGAUAUCCGGGUAGCCAAGGUGUUAUGGUGGUACUACUUCUCCAAAUUAAUAGAGUUCCUGGACACAAUUUUCUUUGUCUUGCGGAAAAAAACCAGUCAGAUUACUUUUCUUCAUGUAUAUCAUCAUGCCUCAAUGUUUAACAUCUGGUGGUGUGUUUUGAACUGGAUACCUUGUGGGCAAAGUUUCUUUGGACCCACUCUGAACAGUUUCAUCCACAUUCUUAUGUAUUCCUACUAUGGACUGUCUGUGUUUCCAUCGAUGCACAAGUAUCUUUGGUGGAAGAAAUACCUCACACAGGCUCAACUGGUGCAGUUCGUGCUGACCAUCACCCACACCAUGAGUGCUGUUGUGAAGCCGUGUGGCUUCCCCUUUGGGUGUCUCAUCUUCCAGUCUUCGUACAUGCUUACAUUAGUCAUCCUGUUCUUAAAUUUUUAUUUCCAGACAUAUCGAAAAAAGCCAAUGAAAAAAGAGAUGGAAGAGUCACCAACAGGAAAAGAAGUUAAGAAUGGGUUUUCCAAAACCUACUUCACUGCAACUAAUGGAAUAAUAAACAAGAAAGCACAAUAAACAUCAAGUAACAGACAAAGCAUAUAUAAUAACCUAACAGAUUCACUUGCUUUUAAGGCAAUGAUUGAAUUGAAAGUUAUAUAUGUUUUAGCAUAAACUAAUUUCGUUGGAGUUUAUAAAUCAUUUGUACCGAGAAUGUAUUAGUAUCUUUGUAUUAGGUUAAUCUGUUAAAUGAGUACUUCUGUCAGCAUUGAGGUGAGGCUGAGCUCUGUAGACCUCAGAACUGGUGCAACAUUCUCUCUCCCUCCUCCUCCCAGACUUAACACCUCACCAGAAACUGUCUUCAUAAUGCCUUAUCCACACACAAAGCCAGGAAACAUGGAGCAUUGUUUUUCAAGGCAAAUCUUCAAAUUAAAAGUUAAAGAGUUUUGUUCACAUGGAAAUGUUUAAAAAAAAAUGUUACUUAUCUCCUAAAUACAGGGUAUGUUGUAAUCUAUAUUAAGCAAUAAUUGUCAGUGCAUAAAGUAAUUAGUCCCUCUGCUCCUUUAGGAAUCAAC